CAGCUAUUGAGGAAAAAACAGUGGGUACACGCGCUAGAAGCUCCUGGAGAAUUUUGUGUUCCACAGUCUCUGAAGAAAAAUUGGGCGGGUAUUCGUCCGCUCAUUGCCAAGUUUUCGAGGCAGUGGAAAACAAGAGUUGGGACAUGGACAGCCGCUUGCAGGAGAUCCGGGAACGGCAGAAGUUACGGCGACAGCUUCUCGCGCAGCAGUUGGGAGCUGAAAGUGCUGACAGUAUUGGUGCUGUGUUAAAUAGCAAAGAUGAGCAGAGAGAAAUUGCUGAAACAAGAGAAACUUGCAGGGCUUCCUAUGAUACCUCUGCUCCAAAUGCAAAACGUAAGUAUCAGGAUGAAGGAGAGACAGAUGAAGACAAAAUGGAAGAAUAUAAGGAUGAAUUAGAAAUGCAACAGGAGGAUGAGAAUUUGCCAUAUGAAGAAGAGAUUUACAAAGAUUCUAGUACUUUUCUUAAGGGAACACAGAGUUUAAAUCCCCAUAAUGAUUACUGCCAACAUUUUGUAGACACCGGACAUAGACCUCAAAAUUUCAUCAGAGAUGUAGGUUUGGCUGACAGAUUUGAAGAAUACCCUAAACUGAGGGAGCUCAUCAGGCUGAAGGAUGAGUUAAUAGCUAAAUCUAACACUCCUCCUAUGUACUUACAAGCAGAUAUAGAAGCCUUUGACAUCAGAGAAUUAACACCCAAAUUUGAUGUGAUUCUUCUUGAACCCCCUUUAGAAGAAUAUUACAGAGAGACUGGCAUCACUGCUAAUGAAAAAUGCUGGACUUGGGAUGAUAUCAUGAAGUUAGAAAUUGAUGAGAUUGCAGCACCUCGAUCAUUUAUUUUUCUCUGGUGUGGUUCUGGGGAGGGAUUGGACCUUGGAAGAGUGUGUUUACGCAAGUGGGGUUACAGAAGAUGUGAAGAUAUUUGUUGGAUUAAAACCAAUAAAAACAAUCCUGGGAAGACUAAGACUUUAGAUCCAAAGGCUGUCUUCCAGAGAACAAAGGAACACUGCCUUAUGGGGAUCAAAGGAACUGUUAAGCGUAGCACAGACGGGGACUUCAUUCAUGCUAAUGUUGACAUUGACUUGAUUAUCACAGAAGAACCUGAAAUUGGCAAUAUAGAAAAACCUGUAGAAAUUUUUCAUAUAAUUGAACAUUUUUGUCUUGGUAGAAGACGCCUUCAUUUAUUUGGAAGAGAUAGUACAAUUCGACCAGGCUGGCUUACAGUUGGACCAACUCUUACAAAUAGCAACUACAAUGCAGAAACGUAUGCAUCCUACUUCAGUACCCCUAAUUCCUAUUUGACUGGAUGUACAGAAGAAAUUGAGAGACUUCGACCAAAAUCACCUCCUCCCAAAUCUAAAUCUGAUCGGGGAGGUGGAGCUCCCAGAGGAGGAGGAAGAGGUGGAACUUCUGCUGGCCGCGGGCGAGAAAGAAAUCGAUCUAACUUCCGAGGAGAAAGAGGUGGUUUCAGGGGGGGCCGUGGAGGAGCACACAGAGGUGGCUUUCCACCUCGAUAGUUUUUAGGACAGUGAUCCUAUUAAUGCCCCUUCACCUUUCUGAUAGUUUGAAUUUCAACUGGGAGACGUUGUUUAGAACUCUGUUCCAACUUGCACUUUGCUUUAGUUUCUCCAAGCUGCAGGAAUAUUUUAGCCAACCUCCCUUGCAGUUGUCACUGUCUGGUUUUGUCCAGAAUAAAUGAGUCAUCCUGGCUUGUCAUGUGCAUGUAGCCGAACAAAAUGGAACAACACAAAUACUUUCACUUUCAGAGAUGGAAUUUAUUCUGAUAGAUUUCAACUAAUUACAAAGGCUUUUGCUUUUUAGAAAUAAAGUGAGCAGUGAAAAAAGACCCCAUCUGGAGUAUCAUACUAGUGCUGACAGUAGUUGAUAAUGGACAUCCUGCCACUGCUGUCACUGUAAAUGGGAAGCUGUCUGACAGCCUUGAUGGAAUGAAGUUGGGACAGAUGGUAAACUUCUCUUAGGCUUUUAAUAUUUUCUUGUUGAAACAAUGAAAAGAGACUUAUUUUUUCUUUCUUUAUGAAAAAUCUUAAACUCAUAUAAUUUGACCACAGAAGAAAUUGAGAGACUUGGAACAAAAUCACAUCCUCCCAAAUCUAAAUCUGAUUGGGGAGGUGGAGCUCCCAGGGGUGGGAAGGUAAGAGGUAGAACCUAGUAGGCAGACUUUACAAAGAGAAAAAAAAUACUCAUUAUAAUCUCAGUUGUGCAGCUACUGAUGACUGUUAACAAUACUUCCUAAAAAACAAACAAGGACAAACAUCCAAGUGCUAGAACUUUGGUAUGGACUUGAUCUUGGAUUGACUUUCAAAGCAGUUUCAUAUUCCUUAACAAAAUAAAAGAAUUGGACGCAACAGAGACAUCUGGUUAUCAGGUACUUGGUUUAAACAUUUUGGGAAAUAAAGCACUUGGUGUUGAGGAAAUGACAUGCAUGUUUAAACUUGUUAUGGAGAAAACUUAAUGUAAAACCAAAUUACAGAAGACCCUCAACUUAAGAAGAGAGCUUGGAAAAUGGAACUGCAGUUGCCUUUUAAGGGACUGGUUUCCCAGAUCAGUUAGUUGUGUGAGACUUUAUGUUGUCAUUUCUCUUUCUGUACUGUAACCCAUGUUUUAAAUGAAUUUGCUGAAUGAAAUAAUGCCAUUAUUGUUCUUGAUAAAUCUAUUUUUUAUUUUGUGUAUGAUUUUUCUAAUGAAACUUUAAACCUUUGAAAUUUGGGAGUCUCUUUUCUGUGAGUGAAAUUGUCAUUGUUACCAAAUGAAAAAGGACUGACCUAAGAUGAGAUUAUUCUCUUGGUCUGUGAGUAGCCGUUCUGUGCUUUUCAUUGGCUCAUAAAAUGAGGUUUUGUUGUAUUUACUAAAGACUCAGUUCGAAGAUAGGGACUGAAUUACAGAAAUAGGCUUGAGAUCCUUAAAAGCCUGAUGAAUUUAACAUGUUCAACAUGUUAGUGCUUUCUAAUACAGAUAGCAUUUGACUAAUGCUUUUCUUGAUGUAGAUACGAUGUGGAACUGUUGGUUAGAAUUUUUACUCAAAUGAUGGUACAUUUUCAACUUUAGUGAUUAAAACUUACCUAGAGAUAGAACUGUAUUUGUUAGAGCUGACCUGGGAACGAAGAAGACAGAGAUACUGGUCUUGAGGCUGAACCAAGAUGGCGGAGAAGGAUGUGCUUUCACUCCCUCUUGUGAGAACACCAGAAUCACAACUAGCUGCUGGACAGUUAUCGACAGAAAGGCUCUGGAACUCACCAAAAAAGAUAUCGCACAUCCACAGACAACAGAGAAGCCACAGUGAGAUGGUAGGAGGGGUGCAAUCACAGCAAAAUCAAAUCCUGUAACUGCUGGGUGGGUGACUCACAGACUGGAGAACACUUAUACCACAAAAGUCCACUCACUGGAGUGAAGGUUCUGAGCCCCACAUCAGGCUUCCCAACCUGGGGGUCUGGCAACAGGAGGAGGAAUUCGUAGAGAAUCAGACUUUGAAGGCUAGUGGGAUUUGAUUGCAGGACUUCGACAGGACUGGGGGAAACAGAGGCUCCACUCUUGGAGGGCACACACAAAGUAGUGUGUGCAUCGGGACCCAGGGGAAGGAGCAGUGAACCCAGGGGAGAAUGAACCAGACCUACCUGCUAGUGUUGGAGGGUCUCCUGCAGAGGCAGGGGGUGACUCUCUUUCACUGUGGGGACAAGGACACUGGCAGCAGAAGUUCUGGGAAGUACGCCUUGGUGUGAGCCCUCCCAGAGUCUGCCAUUAGCCCCACCAAAGAGCUGGGAAGGAUCCAGUGUUGGGUCACCUCAGGCCAAACAACCAACAGGGAGGGAACCCAGCUCCACCCGUCAGCAGACAAGCGGACUAAAGUUUUACUGAGCUCUGCCCACCAGAGCAACACCCAGCUCUACCCACCACCAGUCCCUCCCAUCAGGAAACUGCACAGGCCUCUAGAUAGCCUCAUCCACUAGAGGACAGACAGCAGAAGCAAGAACUGCAAUCCUGCAGCCUGUGGAACAAAAACCACAUUCACAGACAAGAUGAAAAGGCAGAGGUCUAUGUACCAGAUGAAGGAACAAGAUAAAACCUCAGAAAAACAACUAAAUGAAGUAGAGAUAGGCAACCUUCCAGAAAAAGAAUUCAGAAUAGUGACAGUGAAGAUGAUCUAGGACCUCGGAAAAACAAUGGAGGCAAAGAUGGAGAAGAUGCAAGAACUGUUUAACAAAGACCUAGAAGAAUUAACAGGUGAACAACACAGUAACUGAAAUGAAAACUACACUAGAAGGAACCAGUAGCAGAAGAAUUGAGGCAGAAGAACGGAUAAGUGACCUGGAAGACAGAAUGGUGGAAUUCACUGCUGCAGAACAGAAUAAAGAAAAAAGAAUGAAAAGAAAUGAAGACAGCCUCAGAGACCUCUGGGACAACAUUAAACGCAACAACGUUUGCAUUAUUGGGGUCCCAGAAGGAGAAGAGAGAAAGGACCCGAGAAAAUAUUUGAAGAGCCUAUAGUCAAAAACUUCCCUAACAUGGGAAAGGAAAUAGCCACCCAAGUCCAGGAAGGGGAGCAAGUCCCAUACAGGAGAAACACGCUGAGACACAUAGUAAUCAAAUUGGCAACAAUUAAAGACAAAGAAAAAUUAUUGAAAGCAGCAAGGGAAAAACAACAAAUAACAUACAAGGGAACUCCCAUAAGGUUAACAGCUGAUUUCUCAGCAGAAACUCUACAAGCCAGAAGGGAGUGGUAUGAUAUACUUGAAGUGAUGGAAGAACCUACAACCAUGUUUACCUGGCAAGGAUCACAUUCAGAUUCGAUGGAGAAAUCAAAAGCUUUACAGACAAGCAAAAGGUAAGAGAAUUCACCACCACCAAACCAGCUCUACAACAAAUGCUAAAGGAACUUCUCUAAGUGGGAAACACGAGAAGAAGAGGACCUGAAAAAACCCAAAACAAGAAAAUGGUCAUAGGAACAUACAUAUUGAUAAUUACCUUGAAGGUGAAUGGAUUAAAUGCUCCAACCAAACGACACAGGCUUGCUGAAUGGAUACAAAAGCAAGACCCAUAUGCUGUCGACAAGAGACCCACUUCAGACCUAGGGACACAUACAGACUGAAAGUGAGGGGAUGGAAAAAGAUACUCCAUGCAAAUGGAAAUCAAAAGAAAGCUGGAGUAGCAGUACUCAUAUCAGAUAAAAUAGACUUUAAAAUAAAGAAGGUUACAAGAGACAAGGAAAGACACUACAUAAUGAUCAAGGGAUCAAUCCAAGAAGAAGAUGUAACAAUUAUAUAUACACCCAACAUAGGAGCACCUCAAUACAUACAGCAACUGCCAACAGCUGUAAAAGAGGAAAUCUACAGUAACACAAUAAUAGUGGGGGACUUUAACACCUCCCUCACACCAAUGGAUAGAUCAUCCAAAAUGAAAAUAAAUAAGAAAACACAAGCUUUAAAUGACGCAAUAGACCAGAUAGAUUUAAUUGAUAUUUAGAGGACAUUCCAUCCAAAAACAGCAGAUUACACUUUCUUCUCAAGUGCGCAUGGAAUAUUCUCCAGGAGAGAUCACAUCGUGGGUCACAAAUCAAGCCUCAGUAAAUUUAAGAAAAUUGAAAUCAUACCAAGCAUCUUUUCUGACCACACCACUAUGAGAUUAGAAAUGAAUUACAGGGGAAAGAACAUAAAAAACACAAACACAUGGAGGCUAAACACUACGUUACUAAAUAACCAAGAGAUCACUGAAGAAAUCAAAAAGGAAAUCAAAAAAUACCUAGAGACAAACGACAAUGAAAACACGACAAUCCAAAACCUAUGGGAUGCAGCAAAAGCAGUUCUAAGGGAAGUUUAUAACUAUACAAGCCUACCUCAAGAAACAAGAAAAAUCUCAAAUAAAUAAUCUAACCUUACACCUAAAGGAACUAGAGAAACAAGAACAAACAAAACCCAAAGUUAUCAGAAGGAAAGAAAUCACAAAGAUCAGAGCAGAAAUAAAUGAAAUAGAAACAAUGAAAACAAUAGCAAAGAUCAGUAAAACUAAAAGCUGGUUCUUUGAGAAGAUAAAAUUGAUAAACCAUUAGCCAGAUGCAUUAAGAAAAAGAGGGAGAGGACUCAAAUCAAUAAAAUUAGAAAUGAAAAAGGAGAAGCUACCACAGACGCCACAGAAAUACAAAGCAUCCUAAGAGACUACUACAGGCAACUCUAUGCCAAUAAAAUGGACAACCUGGAAGAAAUGGACAAAUUCUUAGAAAGGUAUAACCUUCCAAGACUGAACCAGGAAGAAAUAGAAAAUAUGAACAGACCAAUCACAAGUAAUGAAAUUGAAAAUGUGAUUAAAAAUCUUCCAACAAACAAAAGUCCAGGACCAGAUGGCUUCACAGGUGAAUUCUAUCAAACAUUUAGAGAAGAGCUAACACCCAUGCUUCUUAAACUCUUCCAAAAAAUUGCAGAGGAAAGAACACUCCCAAACUCUUUCUACGAGGCCACCAUCACCCUGAUAACCAAAACAGACAAAGAUACUACAAAAAGAAAAUUACAGACCAAUAUCUCUGAUGAAUAUACAUGCAAAAAUCCUCAACAAAAUACUAGCAAACAGAAUCCAACAACACAUUAAAAGGAUCAUACACCAUGAUCAAGUGGGAUUUAUCCCAGGGAUGCAAGGAUCCUUCAAUAUAUGCAAAUCAAUAUGAUACACCAUAUUAACAAAUUGAGGAAUCAAAACCAUAUGAUCAUCUCAAUAGAUGCCGAAAAAGCUUUUGACAAAAUUCAACACCCACUUAUGAUAAAAAGUCUCCAGAAAGUGGGCAUAGAGGUAAUGUACCUCAACAUAAUAAAGGCCAUAUAUGACAAACCCACAGCAAACAUCAUUCUCAAUGGUGAAAAACUGAAAGCAUUUCCUGUAAGAUCAGGAACAAGACAAGGAUGUCCACUUUCACCGCUAUUAUUCAACAUAGUUUUGGGAGUCCUAGCCAUGGCAAUCAGAGAAGAAAAAUAAAUAAAAGGAAUCCAAAUUGGAAAAGAAGAAGUGAAACUGUCACUGUUUGCAGAUGACAUACUAUACAUGGAGAAUCCUAAAGAUGCUACCAGAAAACUACUAGACCUAAUCAAGGAAUUUUGUAAAGUUGCAGGAUACAAAAUUAAUGCACAGAAGCCUCUUGCAUUCUUAUACACUAAUGAUGAAAUAUCUGAGAGAUUAAGGAAACACUCCCAUUUAUCACUGCAACAAAAAGAAUAAAAUACCUAGGAAUAAACCUACCUAGGGAGACAAAAGACCUAUAUGCAGAAAACUGUAAGACACUGAUGAAAGAAAUUAAAGAUGAUACCAACAGAUAUACCAUGUUCUUGGAUUGGAAGAAUCAGUAUUGUGAAAAUGUACUACCCAAAGCAAUCUACAGAUUCAAUGCAAUCCCUAUCAAAUUACCAAUGGCAUUUUUGACAGAACUAGAACAAAAAUCUUAAAAUUUGUAUGGAGACACAAAAGACCCCGAAUAGCCAAAGCAGUCUUGAAGGCAAACAACGGAGCUGGAGGAAUCAAACUCCCUUACUUCAGACUAUACUACAAAGCUACAGUAAUCAAGACAAUAUGGUACUAGCACAAAAACAGAAACAUAGAUCAAUGGUACAAGAUAGAAAGCCCAGAGGUAAACCCAUGCACCUAUGGUCAACUAAUGUAUGACAAAGGAGGCAAGGAUAUACAAUGGUGAAAAGGCAGUCUCUUCAAUAAGUGGUGCUGGGAAAACUGGACAGCUACAUGUAAAAGAAUGAAAUUAGAACACUCCCUAACACCAUACACAAAAAUAAACUCCAAAUGGAUUUGAGACCUAAAUGUAAGACUGGACACUAUAAAACUCUUAGAGGAAAACAUAGGAAGAACACUCUUUGACAUAAAUCACAGCAAGAUCUUUUUUGACCCACCUCUGAGAGAAAUGGAAAUAGAAACAACAGUAAACAAAUGGGACCUAAUGAAACUUAAAAGCUUUUGCACAGCAAAGGAAACCCUAAACAAGACAAAAAGACAACCCUCAAAAUGGGAGAAAAUAUUUACAAACGAAUCAACGGACAAAGGAUUAAUCUCCAAAAUAUAUAAACAGCUCAUGCAGCUUGAUACUAAAAAAACAACCCAAACCAAAAAUGGGCAGAAGGGGCUUCCCUGGUGGCACAGUGGUUGAGAGUC